UUUGAAUUUGUUUUCCCCGAUCGUUGUUUAUGUCGCAAAACAAAACUGAAGUUUAAACAUGUCAUGUAUUUUCUCAACUGUUUUAAUAUUCUGCUUUUCUACUGUGAUCAAUUUUUGUGAAGCAGCAAAAUUCUCUAAAAGUCACUCAGAAAACGUUCUUCUUCGAAGACUUCUAUCUGAUGUGAGAAAAUCAAUCAAUAAAACUCAUAAUGAUACUAAAGGAGGAAAAGAAAUUUUCAAGGAAGGUGAAUCUGUGGCUGGCACUGAAGCAAUUGUCUUAAUCAUUGUUGUAAUUGUAGUGCUGUCUGUUAUCGGCAUGGUCAUUUAUUUCAUACGCAAGUUUGAUCAACUUAAUAGAUCGCUUCCUACCUACAGAUAUUCAUCUCUUAAAACUGAAAUUAAUGGUGUUUAUGGCCCUGAUGACAAAACUGAAUCUCAAGUUUUGGUGAGUGUUUCUACAGAAGAGGAAGAAGAUUAUGAUGACGAUGAAGAAGAGGAUUAUGUUGCACCUCCAACACUUUUAGUUCGAUCCCAAACUGUCAUGCCGAACAAAUCAAUGAAUGGCUCUCUUCCAGUAUGUGUGGAUAAAAGCUCUGUCGCAAUAGAUGUCAGCAGCAAAAGUGUUGAAGGAAGUAUGGAUUCCGAUGAUGAACUCCUUCAGUGAUAAUUGUACAAAUUCUUCAAAUGGAAGAUCUCAAGUUUUCUUCAAGGGUACAAUUGUGAAUUUUUUAACACUUGAUAACCAGUAGUAUAUACUGUGUUUUGUGUGCAAUGUAAUUACAAAUUGACAUUUUACAGUUCUAUGAAAUUUCAUGUUCCUCUGUAUAUUUAUUUUGUUUUAAGUUGUUUAUUAAGUAUUUUAUUUUGCUUUACCUUCAAAAAUAUUUUUUGUCUCAUAUUUUAUAUAAAAUAGUUUUAUAUGAACAAAACUUUGAAAUUUUUUAACAAGUUAUUGAAUUCCCAAAAAUGCAAUAACUACCUACAUAUUUGUGCCAUAUUAUAUGAGCGAAUUUAUUUUACUGUUGACUAAAGUAAGAUUAAAUUGUGUAAAUGAUAAAGGCUAUUGAUUAUUUAUGGUUUACAUUUAUUCUAGUCUUCCAUAAAACUUCCUAAAUGAUAUUAAUUAUUUAAACUAAAAAUUAAGAAAUUAAUAUUUUA